CAGAUGGAAACGACGGCGUUCGGACGAGGGCGUCGCCCGCCCAGGCUCCCGGGAGCGAGGGCAUCGGGGCUGCCCGGAAUCGGAUUCCUCGGCGGAUUACGCGGCCCAGUCGGCACGCGAGGCGGGCCCCGGGCGACCAGGAAGCCCCCGGCGCGCACGAAAGCAGCGAGGGCGGAGGUUGGGGGGCUGGGGGCGGGGCGGCCGCGUUGCGUGACCUGCAAGCCGGCGGCCGCACGCACUUCGUGCUCCGGGCGGCCCUCGCCCCGCGGGCGGCGCAGGUGCCGCUGGAGGCCGGCGCCCGGCUGCCACUUUACAGCCCCGGCGGGGAGGGCAGUCACGCUAUAUUUCAGGGACUGGGACGGAGUUCGCGGAAUCUCCUUGUUAUCGGAACGUGGGUAGCGUUGGGUAAUAACCGCUCGGACAGGAUGUAGGAAGCGCAGUGGGAACAGAGCUGUCCCGUCUAUCAUUUUGCUUCAAGGCUCUCUCAAUAUAUUUUGGGAAAUUACGGAUCGUCACAUUCCCAUGCAUGCUUUACCUGAAGAAAUCCAAAAGAUGUCUCCUGAAGAAAAAGUUUGUAACUACUGUGGAGUCAGCUAUCUAAUUCUUCAUGAAUUUAAAGCUAUGGAAGAAAAAGUGAAAGCAACGGAAAAAGAGAUGACAUUUUAUCAAGGAAUUAUAGAACUUGAAAAGAGGCUUCAAGAAGAGCUACAGUCUCUUAGCCAAGAUUUUGAACAGUGCAAAAUUGACAAUCCAGAGAAGAAAGCCCAAAUUUGGGAUGCAAGCAUGCAGUUAAAAAAUCAAGAAAAUGAGUUCCAAUUACAAAAAGAACUGGGUUGUUUGCAACAUGAAUUAAAAAUUAAACACAGAAAAUCACAAAUUUGCAAUGAAAGAUUGUUGGAGUUCAACAAUUUCUGGAAUAAGACUCUUUCAUUCCUUUCUUUUACUAAAAAGGAGCUAACUACUAUUAAAAAUGAAAUAUAUAAUAAUUUUCAAGACUGGACUUCACUGAAAGGAGAAGUUUUUCUACAAAUUAAAUGUAUAAGUGAAAUAGCUUUGACAGAAAUCAACACAUUAAAUAAAAGUUUGACAGUGUACCAGAGAAAUAAGGCAUGCCUUGAAGAGGAAAUGAAAACUCUCAGAUUCUUGUCAGAUGCAGCCAUAUUAAAAUCUCAGCAGACUGAGGCAUCCAAACAACAGAAAGUAAACUUGCAAGCCAGGUGCUAUGAUUUACAAAAAGAAGUACUAGGUUUACAAUGUCAAGUAGAGGCACUUGUGUUAAAACUCCAGAAGACAGUGACUGAACUGGACAAGUAUAAAGAAAUGCUCAAGAUUAAAACUAAUGAAGCUGAUGACUGUCAAAAAGAACUUAGAACUAAGUUUGAAUCCAUUAUUGCUGAGUCACGGCACACUAGGUUGCUUAAAGAGAAAGAAGACUCUUUAAUGACUUGUCAACAAAUAUAUAAAACUUUACAGGAAGAGCUGUUUAUGAAAGAAAGGCAAGAAGAAGACACAAAAAGAAUUCACCUUGCCGAAAACGAACUGCAGAUAUCCAAAACUCUUCUGAAUCAGACAAAGGAAGAAGUUGUAACACUGAAAAAUGAAAGGGAAUUGAUGCUGAUUUCACAUCAGAAAAGCACUGAGAAGCUGCAGGAAUCCCUGAGACAGAAGCUGCUGAGUGAUGCUAACUGGAGGGAGGAGAUUGAAGCUGAACUUUCCAAGGAAAGAGCUUGAUAUUUAGUUGAAUUUGAAGAGCAAGCUCUUCUCUUUAAGAAAGAAGCAAAACUGGAACUUGAUAUUGAAAAAGAAAAACACCAAGAAAUAAUCCAAAAAUAUAAGAAAGAACAAGAAGAACUACAAAUGAAGAUAUCUGACCUAAUCACAGGUGCUACAAGAGACCUAAGGCUGGAAGUGACUGCUCUUGAGGAAAAACUCCACGAACCCCAUAUUCGAUACACUGAAGAAUCUGCGUCAAAGAAAACAGAAAUUGAAAACCUUAAAAAUUUAGUUGUAGAAUUUGAAUCUCGCUUGAAGAAGGAAUUUAACAACAAUGAUUCAGUUUCUCAAGAGAGGAAGGAAAUGAAACAGAAGUCAGAUGAGCUGUAAAGAGUAACGCUAGUGCAAACACAACUGAUACAGCGAUUUAACCAGUCCCAGGAAGAGAACACUGUUCUUCAGGAAACAGUGCGCAGAGAGUGUGAAGAACGCUUUGAACUGACAGAGGCAUUGAUCCAAGCCAGAGAACAGCUCCUGGAGCUCAGGAAGCUCCAUGGAAGCUUACCGUUGUCAUCAUGUCCCCACAGCAAGGGCAGCCUAACCUCUUCUGUCGCAGCCGUCGGUAAUCAUAGAGAGUGAAGCCCUGUAAGACUGAACUCUGAAAAAGGAAUCAGAAUUCCCAGCCUGCACAGAGCAUCAAACCCCAUCACUUCCCCAACCUCAGAUAAGCCCAAGAGGACCAGCAACUCAGGUGUGCCAGUGCUCGCCGCCGCACCAAAUUCUCCCAGGGGCAAGGCGUCUUCAGUAAAUGAGACCAGACAGAGAUUGGCUGCCGUUCUUCGGAGGAGGCUGAGUCAGCAGCGAUUGAUCCAGGGUCAGGAGCAGCUCCACACAGCGUGCACUUCUUUCACAGAGAUUCACUGCACCCGAGGGCGACAAAGAUCAAAUACGUCUGUAGAUAUAUUUAACAAAGGAAUGUAA